UGGUGGGGCUUCCGGCGGGCCGAAGUGCGCGCGGGGAGGGAGCGUCCCGGCCUUCGCUAGAAGCUUCCUUCUGCUUCCCGAGCGAAGUACUGUGGUCCCCUGGCUCUCGGCCGCGGCUCAGCGCGACCUCCGAAGGCUUCUUUUCCCGCUCACGCAUGGGCUUCCUCCUGCUUUGUUAGAGCGCUUACCGUGCCCGCCCGGUGGAUGGACUAAAGGGGAACUAAUUGGAUUGGGAUUUAAAGCAUUGUUGAAGGAAGCACAGAAUGGCAUAUAGAAGAGAUGAUAUGUGGUCUGAGCGGUAUGAAUAUGAAAGACUACCACGAGAAAGACUUCCUCCGCGUCCUGAUGAUAUGCAGUAUACAUUUGGCAGCAUAAGACUCCAGGAUGACUACCAUCGAGUAGUCAGCUUUGCACCCAAGAAACCACCACUUCCAGAAAGACCUGGGGAAGGAGGCUACAGCAGAUAUGAAUAUAGUCAUGCUCAUGUUGGCUACAGAGACUAUGGUGAAGGUCGAGGUUUUGCCCAUGAAAGAAGAAGUGGACUGCCACAUAGAAUUGAUGAUCCAGGAUAUAGAUGGUCAAGGGAAGAUCAUCCUGAUAGUCGGCCGCCUGAUUACAGGGAUAUCAGAGAUGGCAUGCGGCGGAAACCUAUAUAUCCUCAUUAUACAAGAGAUCGCUCCCCGCAUAAAAGGGAUUCCCCUUACUUCAGAGAAUCACCAGUUGGCAGGAGGGAAUCUCCUCACAGCAGAUCUGGCUCCAGUGUCAGCAGCAGAAGUUAUUCGCCUGAUAGAAGCAAAGCCUAUGCCUUCCAUCAGUCCCAGCAUAGCAGAAGUAUGUCAUCUUUACAUAAAAGAAAUAUUUCCCAACAAGAGAGAUCCUCAACUCAGACUUUGAAGACUUCAAGAGAUGUAUCUCCUUCAGGAGCUACAGCAGUGCCACCGGCAAAGACCUUAGACAAAAGUAGCCGGUUAUCAGAAAAGGAGCUUGCAGAGGCUGCAAGCCGAUGGGCAGCUGAAAAAGCAGAGAAAGCAGAGGCAAGCAGUGUACCUGAAAUUUCAGAGUAUGAUGCCACAUCUUCAGACCCAUUAUAUAUGGAACCCCAUGAAGAAACAGGUGCCAAUGUAACAGAUAACAAUGAAUUAUUUGAAGAUAACCAUCAUGUUAGUCGCUCAAAGGCAAUUGCUGCAAAAACGAAGGAAAUUGAACAAGUCUACCGACAGGAUUGUGAAACCUUUGGCGCUGUAGUGAAGAUGCUGAUUGAAAAAGACCCUGCAUUAGAAAAGCCCAUCCAAUUUUCUUUGAGACAAAAUUUGCACGAGAUUGGUGAGAGAUGUAUUGAAGAACUUAAACAUUUCAUUGCAGAAUAUGAUUCUGCGAGUCAAGAAUUUGAAGAACCUUAAGAUAAGGUUAUUCAUAUAUAAAUGCUACCUGGUUCAUGGAUGCUAGUGAUUUUCUUCUAAACUGGUUCAUCUUGCAUUUGAUCUCUUUAUAAAAUUGAAUAAUUGCAAAACAUACAAUAUCAUUAGUUACUUAGUUGAAUUACUGAGGAAAGCAAAAUCUUGAGGCAUUCUUACAAUAAUUUUUGAAUCUCAGUGCAGAUUUCUACAUUUCACUGAGUUCAGAUUGGAAAAUAUUGUAUUCAAUAUUUGGUUGUAUUCAAUAGUUGGGUUCACAUCACACAUAUUUUGUAAAUGCUUAACAAAAUGAGGUGCUCCAAUUAUUGAAACAGGUUGCUAUUUGACUAUGACUGACCAUUUUGUAAUUUUAUUGAUAUUGAUGAAUGUACAUAAAAUAGUAAUGUGCAAUUGUAUUUAUGUACAUUUUAUGUAUGUGUUGCCUUUAAUUAGAGUAGCUAUAUAAAUUUCAUUGGAAACAAUUGUUCCAUUGAUUAAUUAAUUGUUCCAUUAAGCUAGUUGUUUAGCUUAGUGGUUUUGUAAGUUGAAAUAACCUGUGUAAUUAAAAUCCUUCAGAGUUAGUAUCA